AUGGACAAAGGCAAUGGAACCGCCGUGCGAGAAUUCAUUCUAGCCGGACUCUCCGAACUCCCCGAACUCCAGCCGUUUCUCUUUGUAAUGUUUGCGUGUAUCUAUACGAUUUGCUUGCUGGGAAACAUGGCUAUCAUUUUCGUGUAUAAGUUUAGCCCGAAUCUUCACAUUCCUAUGUACUUUUACCUGGCCAACUUCUCCUUUCUGGAAAUAUGCUACGUCUCCACCACCGUCCCGAAGAUGCUAUCCACGCUUUUGACGGAGCGUAAAAUGAUCUCGUUCCACGCCUGCGCCGUACAAAUGUAUUGUUUUCUGCUGCUGGGGAGCGCCGAGUGCUACAUGCUGGCGGCCAUGGCGUACGACCGCUACAACGCCAUAUGCCGCCCUCUUCUAUACGGCGCCGUUAUGACGAAAAGAGCUUGCGUUCAGCUCAUCGUCUCUUCCUGGCUUAUCGGUGCGGUUAACGCGUUGAUACACACCGCCCUGACCUUCACUUUAUCCUUCUGCGGGGUAAAUAAGAUCAAGCAUUUCUUUUGCGAUAUCCCGCCAGUGCUGGAGCUGGCGUGCGCGGACACCAAAAUCAACGAGAUCACCAUGUUUGUUAUCUGCAGCGGCGUCAUUAUAGGCUCUUUUAUCCUGACCAUGCUCUCGUACGCCAGGAUCAUCACCACCAUUCUGAACAUCCAUUCGGAUUUAGGAAGGAAGAAGGCCUUCUCCACCUGCACGUCGCACCUCAUCGUCGCGGUUCUGUUCUACGGAUCCGGCAUGUUCAUGUACGUCCGACCCAAGUCUAGUUACUCAAUGGGUACGGACAGGCUGGUCGCGGUCGCGUAUGCUGUCAUCGCCCCGCUGUUAAACCCCUUCAUCUACAGCCUUCGAAACAGCGACAUGAAAAUCGCCGGGAAAAAACUACUGUGUCAGAUUUGCCUGGUUCAAUAUCCUCAGUCCUUGUGA